UAUGGCGGUGUCAGGGAGUCGCAAGGAUGGAGUACAAUCAACAUCUUGAUAUCUGCUUUUCUCGUUGACUCAGGAACGUAUUACCACUUUUCCUUGAUUUUUACAUACUACUCCGUAUUAUUGCUGCAACGAUGGCGGGCCGAGGCGUGGAUAUGUCGGCACUACCAAAAGAGGUCAGGGACCAAUUGGCGGAGUUGGAUUUGGAGCUGUCUGAAGGUGAUAUCACUCAGAAGGGAUAUGAGAAGAAAAAGACUAAACUUCUGCUUCCCUUCUUCAUUCAAACACCAGUGGAACCUCCCCCCCCUGCCUACGAAGCGCAGGCUCCUGGUCCUAGCAACGGCUCUGGCUCCACCCAUGUCAACGCUCACACACAGGCUCCUCCCCCCAGCUCCUCCUCUCGCUACCGUGAUCGUCGCUCCCGACGACCACACCGCAGCGGAGGGACCAGGGAUGACCGAUACCGAUCAGAUAUCCACACAGAAACGGUGCAGGCUGCGUUGGCCAAACACAAGAAGGAGAAGAUGGCACUGCCGAUGCCCACCAAACGCCGCUCCACCUACAUCCAGUCGCCCGUCAUCAACUGCACCCCACCAGACUCGUCGUCAGCUUCAGAGGAUGAGGGUGCUAUGCUGAGGCAGUCGUCAGUGGGGGACGAUUUGGGGGCUCCGGACCCUCCCGCUCUGCUGCAGCCACCCAGUCUGCAGAGCCCUGACUCCUGGAUCAACCGCUCUGUCCAGGGCUCGUCCACCUCCUCCUCUGCUUCCUCCACCCUGUCCCACGGAGAGGGCAAGCCCCAGCCUCAACCAUCCCAGCCCCAGCCCCAAGCCCAGCCCCAGUAUCAGCCCCAGUAUCAGCCCCAGUAUCAGCCCCAGUAUCAGCCCCAAUAUCAGCCCCAGUAUCAGCCCCAGUCACAGUCACAGCAUCCAGUCAUAGCUGACAUGCUGGCUCACGCACGCAUCGGUCCCUCAGAGAACAGCGCCCCCCCAGACGUGACAACAGCGGCCCCCCAGGCCAGGGGCUUCUCUCAGGUGGACCGACCCAACAACCCUCCCGUGGUCCGGGGGAUGAGCCGCGGACAGAGUCGCUCCAGCAUGAUGGAAACAGCCGACGGUGUCCCGGUUAACAGCAGGGUGUCCACUAAGAUUCAGCAGCUGCUCAACACCUUGAAGAGGCCCAAGAGGCCCCCCCUCAGUGAGUUCUUCAUGGACGACCAGGAGGAGAUCGUAGAGGUGCCUCAGCCGGACCCCAACACCCCGCGGCCAGAGGGCCGUCAGAUCAUCCCAGUGAAGGGGGAGCCCCUGGGGGUGGUCAGUAACUGGCCCCCUGCCCUCCAGGCUGCCCUGGCUCGCUGGGGGGCCACACAGGGCAAGAGCCCCGCCCUCACCGCCUUGGACAUCACUGGCAAACCCCUGUACACACUGACCUACGGAAAGCUGUGGAGCCACAGUGUGAAGCUGGCCUACACCCUACUCAAUAAACUGGGGCCCAAGAACGAGCAGGUCCUCAAGCCUGGGGACAGGGUGGCUCUAGUGUACCCUAACAGUGACCCUGGGAUGUUCUUGGUGGCCUUCUAUGGUUGCCUACUGGCUGAGGUCAUCCCUGUCCCUAUAGAGGUACCUCUGUCUCGCAAGGAUGCAGGCAGUAGUCAGGUGGGCUUCCUGCUGGGCAGCUGUAGUGUGAGUCUGGCACUGACCAGUGAGAUCUGUCUGAAGGGACUUCCCAAGAUGCCCUCCGGAGAGAUACUACAGUUUAAAGGCUGGCCUCGGCUAAAGUGGGUGGUGACAGACUCCAAGUACCUCAUCAAACCUGGCAAGGACUGGCAGCCCCACAUCCCUACAGCUAACACUGACCCUGCAUACAUAGAGUACAAGGCUAGUAAGGAGGGCACAGUGAUGGGUGUGGCUGUGUCUAAGGUGGCCAUGUUGACCCAUUGCCAAGCACUGACCCAGGCCUGCAACUACUGUGAGGGUGAGACACUAGUGAAUGUUCUGGACUUUAAAAAGGACAUGGGCCUGUGGCAUGGAGUUCUCACGAGUGUAAUGAACAGGAUCCACACCAUCAGUGUGCCCUACGCUGUGAUGAAGGCUUGCCCUCUCUCCUGGGUUCAGAGGGUCCACAUGCACAAAGCGCGCGUUGCCUUGGUGAAGUGUCGUGACCUGCACUGGGCCAUGAUGGCACACAGGGAACAGAGGGACACCAGCCUGGCUUCACUGCGCAUGCUCAUCGUCGCUGAUGGAGCCAACCCCUGGUCGGUGUCGUCCUGUGAUGCCUUCCUCAACGUGUUCCAGAUCCACGGGUUGAAGCCAGAGGUCAUCUGUCCCUGUGCCACCUCCCCUGAGGCCAUGACGGUGGCCAUCCGCAGGCCGGGGGUGCCGGGGACGCCCCUCCCAGCCAGGGCCAUCCUCUCCAUGGGGGGUCUAAGUCACGGGGUCAUCAGGGUCAACACGGAGGACAAGAACUCUGCCCUCACCGUGCAAGACGUGGGUCACGUGAUGCCUGGAGCUCUGAUGUGUAUAGUUAAGCCUGAAGGGCCUCCUCAGCUGUGUAAGACAGAUGAGAUAGGGGAGAUCGUGGUGAACUCUCGUGCCGGAGGCAACAUGUACUAUGGCCUCCCAGGAGUCACCAAGAACACCUUUGAGGUGAUUCCUGUCAAUACUCUUGGUGCUCCUAUUGGAGACAUCCCCUUUGUGAGAUCUGGUCUCCUAGGCUUCGUAGGACCCGGCAGUCUGAUAUUUGUGGUGGGUAAGAACGAAGGCCUGCUGAUGGUGAGUGGGAGGAGACACAACGCUGAUGAUUUGGUGGCCACAGCACUGGCCGUGGAGCCUGUCAAGACUGUGUAUCGCGGAAGGAUUGCGGUGUUCUCUGUGACGGUCUUCUAUGAUGAGAGGAUAGUUAUUGUGGCAGAGCAGAGGCCAGAUGCCAGUGAGGAGGACAGCUUCCAGUGGAUGAGCAGAGUACUGCAGGCCAUUGACAGUAUUCACCAGGUGGGUCUGUACUGCCUAGCUCUGGUGCCUGCCAACACGUUACCUAAGACCCACCUGGGAGGGAUCCACAUCUUCGAGACCAAGCAGCACUUCCUGGACGGCAACCUGCACCCCUGUAACAUCCUCAUGUGCCCCCAUACCUGUGUCACCAACCUCCCCAAACCACGGCAGAAACAGCCAGUGGGUGUGGGUCCAGCCUCCAUCAUGGUGGGGAACCUGGUAGCAGGGAAGAGGAUAGCCCAGGCAGCAGGCAGGGAUCUGGGAAUGAUCGAGGACCAGGACCUGGUCAGGAAGCACCAGUUCCUGUCCGAGGCUCUACAGUGGAGGGCACAGACUGACCCAGACCACUGUCUCUAUGUGCUGCUCAAUGCAAAGGGAGUAGCGGUAUGCACAGCAACAUGUGUGCAGCUGCACAAGCGGGCAGAGAAGAUUGCAGCGGCGCUCACAGAGAAAGGCACCAUCAACACCAGGAACAACGUGGUACUGCUCUACCCUCCUGGUAUUGAUCUGAUAGCCUCCUUCUAUGGCUGCCUGUAUGCUGGCUGUGUUCCUGUCACUGUCAGACCUCCUCAUCCACAGAACCUGGCAGCCACACUGCCAACUGUCCGCAUGAUCAUCGACGUCAGUAAAGCUGCCUGUAUCCUCACCACUCAGAACCUCAUGAGGAUCCUGCGCUCCAAAGAGGCUGCUGCCACUGUGAACAUUAAAACAUGGCCGACAAUCAUAGACACAGAUGACCUCCCUCGCCGUAGACCCCCAACGAUAUAUAAGCCCCCCACGGCAGAGAUGAUCGCCUAUCUGGACUUCAGUGUGUCCACCACGGGCAUGCUCACUGGGGUCAAGAUCUCCCAUGCGGCAGUCAGUGCUCUGUGUCGCUCCAUCAAGCUGCAGUGUGAGCUCUACUCCUCACGUCAAAUAGCCAUCUGCCUGGACCCUUACUGUGGCCUGGGCUUCGUACUGUGGUGCCUCGCAAGUGUGUACUCGGGCCACCAGUCCAUCCUAAUUCCUCCUCUGGAGUUGGAGAGCUGUCUGCCCCUGUGGCUGAGCACCCUGAGCCAGUACCGCAUCAGAGACAUUUGCUCCUACUCUGUCAUGGAGCUCUGCACCAAGGGGAUAGGCACGCAGACAGAGAUACUCAAAGCACGGGGUCUGAACCUGUCAUGUGUUAGGAGCUGUGUGGUGAUAGCCGAGGAGCGUCCUCGUCUGGCCCUCACCAUGUCCUUCUCCAAGCUAUUUAAGGACCUGGGCCUCUCACCCCGCGCUGUCAGCACAGCCUUCGGAUCCAGGGUCAACCUGGCCAUUUGCAUGCAGGGCACCACUGGACCGGACCCCUCCACUGUGUAUGUGGACAUGAAGUCCCUCCGCCAUGACAGAGUGAGGCUGGUGGAGAGAGGAGCCCCUCAGAGUCUCCCUCUGAUGGAGUCUGGCAAAAUCUUACCAGGAGUCAGGGUGAUCAUCGUGAACCCAGAGACCAGAGGACCUCUAGGAGAUUCCCAUCUAGGAGAGAUCUGGAUCAACAGCCCUCACAGUGCCAGUGGCUACUAUGCCAUCUAUGGAGAGGAGAGCCUGCAGGCCGACCACUUCAACACCAAGCUGAGCUUUGGAGACCCCACGACCCUGUGGGCCAGGACUGGCUACUUGGGCUUCGUCAAGAGGACUGAGCUACUGGACGCCGCUGGGGAUCGUCAUGACGCCCUGUUUGUGGUGGGUUCCCUGGAUGAGACUCUGGAGCUGAGGGGACUGCGCUACCACCCUAUCGACAUCGAGACAUCUGUGUCCCGGGCUCACCGCAGCAUUGCAGAGAGUGCGGUGUUCACAUGGACCAACCUACUGGUGGUGGUGGCUGAGCUGUGUGGCUCAGAGCAGGAUGCCCUGGACCUGGUGCCCCUGGUCACCAAUGUGGUGCUGGAGGAGCACCACCUCAUCGUGGGCGUGGUGGUCAUCGUGGACCCGGGGGUCAUACCCAUCAACUCCAGGGGGGAGAAACAGCGCAUGCACCUCCGGGACUCCUUCCUGGCUGACCAACUGGACCCCAUCUAUGUGGCCUAUAAUAUGUGAUGGGCCAGGGGGAUGGGCUGGUUAUUGUAUGAUGGAAGAGAUUCCGGCUGGUGGAGAGGGGGUUAGGAAGAAAGUGGUUUGGACCAACCUACUCCACAGACAAUGCAUAUUGUACCACAAGGGGCAGUAGGAGGUGAGUGAGUGUGUCUACACCAAACACAGCUGUUCAACUGGAACUGGACGGGAAGAGAACUCUCUAAUCUCGCCACACCCCCUACAACCCUCCUGCCAAAUCAAACAACACCUCAACAGCCUGACUGGCCCUCUAUUUGCACAGAGUGUCAGGGAGUAUUAAGGUGCUGAAGUCAAUCUUAACUCUCUCCCCACUCCUCCAUGAUCCAAUCAUCUGUGGGGUAUUGUGAGGGGCCAAGGGAUGAGGACUUCCUGUCUCUGAUGACAUCUUUUCCUGGAGUUGAGUGAUAUGUACAAAAUACAUCAAUUUUACUCCAUUCUAACUGUUUUUCCUCCCAAAGCUUUCCAGGUCUUUCCCAGUCCUUAUUUGCUUUUUCUUAUCUUGUACUUAUUCUAAAUUGCCACAUUUGUACUGUACACACACACACACACACACACACACACACACACACACACACAUUCACAAACUCACACUGGUGCUUGCUUCACCCUGUAGUGACCUCCUAUCCGUGCACUUUGAGGCAGGGGGUUAUGAAGGAUGUGUGAAGGCAUGUUAGAACACUAAAUAACACAUAUUAGCAAGACCAACCAGCAGCCGUAGAAUAAAUUAAAUCAGUCAGUCAUCAUGUACUGUACUUACAUCACAGGUUUAUUGCUUGAAGUUGUACAAAGGCAAAAUAUGUAAUGGAACACAUUCUCAUCUUCUUGAAUUAGAUUUACUUCUUGCCUUAUAAAACUUUGCCCAUUCACGUUUUGUUUUUCUCCAUUGCUGUUCUUCCAUUUCAUAACCUUUUGUGUUAUUGGGGUGAGAAUCCUGAUUGAUAUCCAAAGGGAUGUUUUGAGUAGAAGUUAGAGGCCAUUUACUGUACUGUACCCGUCAAGGCCUCUGUAUUUUCGAUAUACUGUAUUUCACUGUAUAGAUAUUAUUUUUAAAAUAUGUGUAUAAAUGUGAAAAAACCCUCAACUCAUCCUUCUCACCUGAUUGUUGUCUGGAUAACUAACAUAGUUGUGAGCAGAUGGAAGCAAAAAAUAUAUUGUACAUAAGAUUUUAAACAUUUUAAAGGUAGACUGAAUUGUAAAGAUCUUAACACUGAUCUUGCACUUUCUCCAAAAAUGUUAUAUUUUUUAAUGAUCCAAUUAUGCACAUUCCUCAUGUUCAAGGAGCAUAUUAAUUGUGAGGAAUACUUUUUGAGGAAUCAGAGUUCACUAAGGAUUAGCAGAAAGGAACUAGCUAAUAGGGCCAGGAGUUUCCCCAGGUCAGGUCCCAUCCGACUCGAAGGACCAUGAAAACAACCCCACCAUGAAUAAGGUUGUCAGGGAUUUGUACAGUCAGGGAUAACUCCUGGCCCCAACCAGAGAUUGCUUUGAUGUUAUGAGCUUGGGGAGAAUGAUUAAACCAAUAUAAAUGACUGUUGUUUUGUGGCAAAUUAAAGCAAGCUCUUAUUUUUUCUGUGAACCACUGAUAAAUGAGAUUAGAUGCAGGGCACUUUUCACUGACUGUCCUAGGCUGAGGGAUUGAAGAAUGUGAGUGAGAGAAUAUGGCAAUGCAACAUUUUGCAUUCGAAAAGGUAGCCAAUUAGCAAAAUAGGACUGUAAUAUUUAAUGUAAUCAAACAUUGGACACUGUCAUAGUGGUCAGGUUUGAAAAUGGAAUCAUAUUCUACUUUAAAUCACUGGAACCAGUUUUUUCCCCCUGUAAACGUCAAUGGCUUUUGUAAACUUCAAUAUUUUAUUAACAAGUACAGUUAGGCACAGUCCUGUGGAUGAAACAGGUAGAGCAUGGCGCUUGUAACACCAGGGUAGUGGGUUCGAUCCCCGGGACCACCCAUACGUAAAAAUGUAUGC